AGCUGCCUGAAUCUGGAUUCAAUCGAUUACUUUGAAAAUUAGAAAACAGAGUGACUCCAAAACCAAAUGCCUUUUCCAGGCAGCACCUCCCUUGAAAUGUAUCCCCUCUCCCUCCACCUCAGUGGUAGCUGUGCAUCCAGGGGCUGGACUGACAAUAAUAACUGCAGAUGAAAAAUGUGAAACCUACACACAGCCCUUAUGAAGGAUUCCACCUGAGCGGGACAGUAACGGAGCCGGCAACGGCGACAGAACCAGAGAUGACCUACAAAGUCGCCAUCAGCUUCGACCGCUGCAAGAUCACUUCCGUGACGUGCGGCUGCGGGAACAAGGACAUUUUUUACUGCGCGCACGUGGUGGCGCUCUCGCUGUACAGGAUCCGCAAGCCAGAGCAGGUCAAACUCCGUCUUCCCAUCUCAGAGACCCUUUUCCAGAUGAACAGGGACCAGCUACAAAAGUUUGUUCAGUAUUUAAUCACAGAACACCACACCGAGGUACUGCCAACUGCCCAGAAACUGGCUGAUGACAUCCUGUCCUCCAACUCUGAGAUCAACCAAACGCAUGGUGCGCCAGACCCCACCGCUGGGGCCAGCAUCGACGACGAAAACUGCUGGCAUUUGGACGAGGAGCAAGUGAGAGAACAAGUGAAGCUGUUCCUGUCUCAGGGCGGGUACUACGGCUCUGGGAAGCAGCUCAACUCCAUGUUCGCCAAGGUCCGUGAGAUGCUGCGCAUGAGAGAUUCCAACGGCGCCAGGAUGCUGACGCUAAUAACGGAGCAGUUCAUGGCAGAUCCCCGGCUCUCCCUCUGGAGGCAGCAGGGAACGGGCAUGACAGACAAGUGCAGGCAACUCUGGGAUGAGCUGGGGGCCCUGUGGGUGUGUGUCGUGUUAAAUCCGCACUGCAAGCUCGAAGAGAAAUCCUGCUGGCUCCGGCAGCUCCGGAAGUGGGGCGACAUGGACGUGUGCCCGUUGGAGGACGGCAGUUACGGCAACGAGCUUCCCAACAUCACCAACGCACUGACGCAGAGCUCAAAUCACAGCCAAGACUCCCUGGCACGGCCGAGACGGACGGUGUUCACCCGCGCCAUGGAGGGCUGCGACCUUCACUGGCAGGACAGCCACUUGCAGCGGAUAAUCAGCAGUGAUUUCUACGUGUCCCCUUCGUACCAGCGGGACGGUGAGAGCCUCCUCUUCAAUGCGCAAGGACAGCCGCUGUGGCUAGAGCACGUCCCUACAGCAUGUGCGCGGGUUGAUGCCCUACGUUCCCAUGGGUACCCCAAAGAAGCGCUCCGACUGACUGUUGCCAUAAUCAAUACACUGAGAUUGCAGCAGCAAAGGCAGCUGGAAAUUUACAAACAUCAGAAGAAAGAAUUACUGCAGAGGGGAGCCACCACCAUCACAAACCUGGAGGGCUGGGUCGGGCACCCUCUGAACCCCGUUGGCUGCUUGUUCCUCACCUUGACGGAGGCUUGUAGAUUAGAAGAGGAAAAUUGCCUUGAAAUUUCAGAUGCCGGCGACGCCAAGCCCCCGGUGUAUCAGCACGUGCCUGUGGCGACUGGUUGCCAGGACAGCGGCGAGUCCUACCUGUCCCUUGCCUUAGAGGUGGCUCUGAUGGGGAUGGGGCAGCAGCGGGUGAUGCCCGAGGGGCUGUACGCACAGGAUAAAGUGUGCCGCAACGAGGAGCAGAUCAUCGCCCGGCUGCAGGAGCUGGAGCUGGACGCGGUGCUGGUGCAGACCCUUCGGAAGCAGUGUAUCUUGCUGCUGGAAGGUGGUCCCUUCAGCGGCCUGGGAGAAGUGAUCCAGCGGGAGAGCGUUCCCAUGCACACCUUUGCCAAGUACCUGUUCUCCGCCUUGCUGCCUCACGACGCAGACCUGGCCUACAAGCUGGCGCUCCGGGCCAUGAGGCUGCCCGUGCUGGAGACGACCACUCCCUCCGGAGAUGUCACCCACCCUCACCACCUGGUGUCGGUCGUGCCCAGCAGGUACCCCCGGUGGUUUACCCUGGGCCACUUGGAAUCGCAGCAGUGUGAACUGGCCUCCACCAUGCUGACGGCAGCUAAAGGUGACAUGCUGCGGUUACGCACCGUCCUGGAAGCGAUCCAGAAGAACAUCCACUCCUCGUCCUUGAUCUUCAAGCUGGCCCAGGACGCCUUUAAGAUCGCCACGCCCACGGACAGCAACCCCGACACCACCCUGCUCAACGUGGCGCUGGAGCUGGGGCUGCAGGUCAUGCGGAUGACUCUGUCCACCCUGAACUGGAGGCGAAGGGAGAUGGUGCGGUGGCUGGUCACCUGUGCGACGGAAGUGGGUGUGCGGGCGCUGCUCAGCAUCCUGCAGAACUGGUACACGCUCUUCACCCCCACGGAAGCCACCAGCAUCGUGGCGGCGACGGUGAUGUCCCACAACACCAUCCUGCGGCUGAGCCUGGACUACCCGCAGCGCGAGGAGCUGGCCGGCUGCGCCCGCACCCUGGCCCUGCAGUGCGCCAUGAAGGACCCCCAGAACUGCGCCCUCUCCGCCCUCACGCUGUGCGAGAAAGACCACAUCGCCUUCGAGACGGCCUACCAGAUCGUCAUCGACGCCGCCGCCACGGGCAUGACCUACUCGCAGCUCUUCACCAUCGCCCGCUACAUGGAGCACCGGGGCUACCCGCUGCGGGCCUUCAAACUGGCCUCGCUGGCCAUGACGCACCUCAACCUCGCCUACAACCAGGACACCCACCCGGCCAUCAACGACGUCCUGUGGGCCUGCGCGCUGAGCCACUCCUUGGGCAAGAACGAGCUGGCGGCCAUCAUCCCCCUGGUGGUGAAGAGCGUGCACUGCGCCACGGUGCUGUCGGACAUCCUGCGGCGCUGCACCAUGACGGCCCCGGGCCUGGCCGGCAUUCCCGGCCGCAGGAACUCUGGCAAACUGAUGUCCACCGACAAGGCUCCCUUGCGCCAGCUGCUGGACGCCACGAUAAGCGCUUACAUCAACACCACCCACUCCAGGCUCACCCACAUCAGCCCUCGGCACUACGGCGAGUUCAUCGAGUUCCUCAGCAAAGCCAGGGAGACCUUCCUCCUGGCCCAGGAUGGCCACCUCCAGUUCGCGCAGUUCAUAGACAAUCUCAAACAGAUCUACAAAGGCAAGAAAAAACUGAUGAUGCUGGUGCGGGAGCGGUUUGGGUGAGCUCCCGCCGGCGCUGGCAGGGUUCGGCAGGGGCACUACACGCAGAAGAAAGGAAAAUCUCACUGCAAUUGGCAAAGCAGAGGGUUUUUGUUCUUUUGGUGGAUUUAACCUUUUCACAUCCUGCGAGGAUUCCAACGUUCUUCGGGCACAUCAGACCAAAAGACAAGCAUGGGAAGAACACUUUACUCAGUAUCCUACGCUCCGGAGUGUAUAACCAUUUAAUACCAAAAGCUAACCUGGAAAUCUAAUACCUCUUUCCUAAAGGAAGCGUUCGCCGGCUGGUCCCAAGGUUGCCAAGCAAAAAGGAAAGAAUAAAAAUCGAAAGCAAAAGAGAAACGCAACACUAAACCUCAUGUGUCACCAAAAGCGAUGGCUUUGCAGCGCCGUGCGCACCCUGCGGAGACGUGAAACUCCUCUUCUCCAUUCGUGAAGAUCCGUAAAGAAAAACUAGAGUAACUGUUCUCAGGGAUUGCUUACUAAAAGUAACAAAAACAAAAAAAGCAUUUAUUAUACUGUAAAUACUAUAGUAUAUGUGUCAAUUAUUAAAUUGUAAAGUUAUAAUUAUUUAUAAUUAUUCCGUCUUUUAUUUGGGGGAUACUUGAAAUUGUCAUGGGCUGGGACUUUUUUUUUUUUUUAAUUAAAAAAAAGGAGGAGACACGUGACCAUUUCUCAGGUUUCCCUGGCAUCGUUGGUACAUGAAAAGAGGGGUGGGAGGGAGGCAACCGGCAAAUCGAAAUGAAUCCAGAAUCUCAGCAGAACCACAGUGAGGUUGCAGCCCUGGGGAUGGCACCGAGGCAGGCUGGAUUAACGGCAGGGCAUCUGGACAGGCAAAGGAUGGACUUGGUCGGACGCUGACGGACGUUACGGGAGCCCUGCCCCUUGUAAGUUCCACAAAUGGUUGGUGGAGGAUUGAACACAAAACGAAGAACGGAGUCAUUGGGCCGGAAGCCAUUGGGCCCAGAGUGUACAUAUCUCUAUUUUUGGCCUUCUCUGUGUGUGGGCGUGUGAGGAGUGAAUGUCUGGGUGCGUGGAGGUGUGCGUGGCGGGGAGGGGCUGACUGCCUUUUCUGCACUGAGGGGGCAGGAACACGAGCACGGCUUUGGUUACUUUUGUCCUCUCCAUUUCCAAGUCUUUGUCGCUCUGGCUAACGCAGACACCGGCUGGACGAAGGCGUCUUGUCACGUUUCCCGAUUUGUGUCACUCCAUCUCCUGCUGCUGCUUAGCGAUCCAGGCUAGAUUCAAACCUGUCGUGGGGCAGGGACGGUCUUCCUUAUUCCAGGUGUCUUUGUGUUCCCCUGGUCCAGUGUGUCUUAGUUUUAAAAGGGUCGGGAGGGCUGGGGCCAGUGGGGAAGGUGACUUGUAGCUAGAGAAUGUGGACUGAUGAUCUACUGUCUGAUUUUCUUUUGGAAAGAGAUUUGUGUCUGCGCUGUGGACCGGAAAACCAGGUGUACUCAGUAUUUGUUGCCAUAAAAGUAUCAUUCUUCAACCUGUUUCUCUCUUUUUUUGUGUGCGCGCAACCUCUUGACCUAAUGUUUAAUAAUAA